AUGCCCGAGUCCCAAGGCAAUAUCAAUGGCUCCGAUGAGCCCAACACAGUCGCAUUCGGCAAAUGGGACUCCUUCGCUUGGGAGGCCUUCCCUGAAUGGGAGGGCACCAAAGCUAUCAUGUUCCGUUCUGCAGAUGGCAAGCGCGUCGCUGGCGCUUUCCGUGAGUCUGCCACCGCCACUAUAACAUAUCCCUGUGACGAAUUCAGUUAUGUGACGGCAGGAUGGAUCAAGGCCCGUGUUCAUGGCGGCGAAACAUUCACCCUCAAGACCGGAGACUGUGUCUACUUUACCAAGGGCCAGACGGUGGAUUUUGAGUGCAGCGAGGACUAUGCCAAUGUCUCUGCCUUUUUCGGUACUGAGCCUGUUACUAUUGUUUGA